UAACCCAAGUAAACUGCUAACGCAGUCUAAACAAUACCCUUAAGUAAAACGAACCUGUGAAUUACAAACUCAUCGCCCUUUUGUAUAUCUAUUUUUUUAUAACACAAAAUGCAAAUAUUUAAAUCUCUCUCAAAUGGUCUACUGUUUUUCGUGCAUAUUUAUUUUUGUUUGCGUUGUUGCAAUUCCUUAACUACGGAAAACUGCGUUACACCUCCUUUAGAUUGUCCAAACGAAAAUAUAACGUUCUGGUUAUACACAAGGGCAAAUAAAGACGAUCCACACCAAUUAAGGUUUGCUGACCCUACAUCUAUUGACAAAGCGCCGUGGGUUCCAAAUGAAAAAAUCAAAAUUAUUAUCCACGGAUACACUGGACACAAGGAUUUCGCACCUAACCCACAAAUUAGGCCAGCGUAUCUAGAAUGCUGUGAUUACAAUGUAAUUACAGUAGACUACCACCCGGUGGCAUUAGAGCCGUGUUACGUGCAAGCUGCAGCUAACACCGAGCUUGUUGGCAUGUGCGCAGCGCAACUCAUUGAUGAGAUGGUCUCCAACCAUAGUAUAGAGCUGUCCAAGAUUCACGUUAUCGGAUUUAGUUUAGGUGCACACGUUGCAGGAUUCAUUGGUAGAUAUAUUAAAUCGGGAAAAUUGGAACGGAUAAGUGGAUUAGAUCCCGCGUUGCCGUUAUUUGCGACAGCUGACGUGUCAAAAAAGAUCGAUCCCAGUGAUGCAAAGUCGGUUGAUGUUCUUCAUACAAACGCAUUGAUGAAGGGGAAAUUGGAAAUCAGUGGGCAUGCUGACUUCUUUGCUAAUGGCGGUACAAAGCAACCUGGCUGUAAAGCUGAUGAAAAUCAUACGGUAUCGGGAUGCGAACAUGAACGAGCUGCAGUUUACUUUGCUGAGUCCAUUAUUAGCAAGGUUGGGUUCUACGGAAAGAAAUGUUACUCGUGGAUAGCUUACAUGAUCGGAUGGUGCGAGCUUGUUAGUUCGGACGAAGAUGUGUUAUAUGGCGAGCACAUGCCACCAAACGUAUCUGGUGUAUAUUUCUUCAACACCAACUCUGAAUCUCCAUAUGCACGGGGACCGAACAAAAGCAAUAGGAGUUACGAAGGCGACUACGAAAAUUGGAUUUAAUAAAAAUUUUAACAUUGGCA